CGAGGGCCUCGCCCAGGGGCGCCAAGGAGGCUCCGCCGAUCAGGCUGCCCACCAGCGUGCUCUUCGUGGGGAACUCGCACACCUACCAGCCGAAAGAGCUUGGCGGGAUUGCCGGGGCGCUCUCCCGCGUCGCGGCCGCAGCAGCUGGCGUGCAGCUGCGCACAGAGGCCGUGGUGCAGGGCGGCGCCGACCUGCUGGACCUGUUGCCACAGGCAGAGGAGCUCAUGCGGCGCACGGCCGCCUCGGGCGAGGACCCGUGGGACGCGGUGGUGCUGCAGGUCGGCCGCGGCGCCGAUUCGGAGAGCCGGUUCGCAGAGGCGGAGGUGCUCCGCUGCCGAUACGCCCCGCUGAUCUUGGACACGCACCCCAGGAGCCAGGUCGUGCUCUACCAGACCUGGAGCGAGCCCUAUCCUGGCCCCAGCGAGGCGGCGCUCAUGGCGGAGAGCCUCGCGGAGUACCAAGGCGCGCUGCGGGAGGGCGGGCUGCAGACGGUGUGCUGCGUGCGCGCGGGGCUCGCCUUUCUGGGCGUCGCGCGCGACCCGCACGCGGAUCGGCGCGUGUACCCCGCGCUCUUUAAGGACGACUCCGGCCACGGCUCCGCGCUGGCGGGCGCGCUCGUUGCCGCGGCGGUCGCCCUGCCGCUCGGCCUCGCGGGGCCGCUGGGCGGCCCCAGCCCGUGCCGCUCGCUGGGCCGGAUCCUCGAGGCCAUGCUGCCGAGCGCUUGGCGCACGGCCAGCGCGGGCUUCGCUGGCGACGCCGAGUUCGGCCAGAAGCUGUGGACCGGGGUCUCCGCGGGCGACGGCGUGGGCAUGCUAUCUGGUGGCCUUUGCCCCCCCGGCCCCACUCCCACUCCCGACACCGUGCCAGCGUGGUGGACAAGAGGCCUCUCGGAGCCAUCUGUGGGUCUCUUGGGGGGCCUUCAGCGGGCUUCCUGGAAGUCUCUCGGAGGUCUCUGGGGGCCUCUUAGAGGCCUCUUGAGGCCUCUUGGGGGCCUUUGGGGGGCCUCGUGUAGGCCUGAUCUUGAGGUGGAAGGGGCCGAAAGUGUUCCCCCAAUCGGGCCCCUUGUGGGGCCGUCGUUGGAGCCUCGACGGCCGUCUUGGAGCAAUGUUCGGUGUGUCUUCUUGGGUCGUCGGAGGUGCUCGUAA